AUGUAUGUAUAAGCACUUACAGAUACACUUUAAAAAUAUCAAUUUACAACAAGUACUUUUAAUUUUCCAAAACCCUUUGAAAAUACUCCAAAAGUACUUCUGAGUGUUUAAAGCUAUUACAGUGAUAUAUAGAUUAAACAACGCUAUAAAUUAUCUAUAGAGACUGUUACUUUAACUUCAGUUACAGUGAAAGUUGAGUCAUUGGGUACUAAACUCUAUGAAUUAAAUAUUGGUAUUCUUGCUGUUGACUAUCCAUAAUCUGAUGUAUUUACAUAAAUUCUAAGUUCAGAUACAGAAGGAUAACUUACUUCUAUACACAAAGUUGCUAACAAAAUACAAUCAUAUGUAACAUUUUUUACUUCAUUUUAAGGAAGCAGUUGCGAAUAUCUAAAAUUUAACUUAGAUUCACAAUAGUUAGAUGAUUACACUAUAAAAGUAUCUGCGAAUAGUUUUAAAUGUAUAGGCACUAUAUAUUAUAAUAUUUUAAUAAUACAUUAUGAUAAUAACUUUCCUUAUGCACCAUUUUAUCAAUAUUAAAAUUAAAUAUUUUAAGAUUAAAUAAAUUCUGAAAAUUUAGUAUCAACAAAUCUUAAUUCUCCAGAUACUGGAUUUUAUGGUAUAAAAGACAUGAGUAUAGGUUCUUGGUAUAGUUUUGGAAUCUUUUUUUAUCCCUAAAAUUAAAACUAACCUAUUUAAAAUGGAAAGUAUGUUUUUCAUACUGAUAAAAAGAAAUAUAUUAUUUAUCAGGCAUACUCAUAAGUAUUUGAUUUAAUAUAGCUAGAAUGUCCUCGUGACUAUUAUUUAUAUAAAUAAAGUUGUAUAAUUUCUCCUUACAAUGGUAUUUAUUGUUUAAAUAACCCUAAAGUCUGUUAUGAUUGCGAUUCUACAUGUUUAACUUGCCAAGAUUCAGCUACUAAUUGUCUAAAAUGUGUCUCUCCUUUGUAUUUAUAUUAAAACAAAUGCUCAAGUAGCAUCUAAUAAGGUACUUACUGCGAUGAAAAUCAUAUUUGCUUAGCUUGUAAUCAAUCUUGUAGUACUUGUAUCAAUAAUGCUAAUUUGUGUACUUCAUGUAUAAAUGGAUAUUAUUUUUACAAUAACAUUUGUACAAAAGAUCAACCUAAUUAAACAUAUUGUAAAUAAAGUCUCUCUUAAUAGUACUAAAAAUGCUUUUCUUGCGAUAUGAAAUGUAAAAAAUGUUCAGGACCAUUCUAUAACUAGUGCAGUGAGUGUUUAAAUAAUUAUUAUUUCUAUAAAAAUUCUUGCUAUAUUGAUUAGCCCGAAUAAACAACCUGCCAAAAUUAUAAAUGUUAGCCUUGUUUUAAUUUAUGUUAAACAUGUUCUGGAGUAAAUUAAAACUAGUGCUUGAGUUGUAUAAAUAAUUAUUCUCUUAAUUCGAAUACCAAUUAAUGUGAAAUUUCUACAUGCUAAGAUGGAUAUUUUCCUGAUAAAAAUUUAAACUCUUGCUUAUUAUGCUAACUUGGAUGUAGAAAAUGUAGCUCAUUUUCAGUUUGCUUAGAGUGCGCUUCUAUUAAAGAUAAUUAAGGAAUAACUUAAACCUAUAUUUUAGAUACUUAGCAUUAAUAAUGUUAUUUGAAAUGUCCAAAUGGUAAAUAUUUUGAUUUAUAAACUAGAUAAUGCACUUCUUGCAAUAAAUCUUGUUUAACUUGUGAUGGUAAAACUAGUUAAAAUUGCCUCUCAUGUAUUGAUGGAGCUUACAUUAAUAGCAAUAGAAUGUGUGAGUGCUAAAACAAAAACUAAGGAUUUGCAUCUGAUUUUUCGAAAUGCAUCUCUUGUUAAAUAAAAAAUUGUAGCAAGUGUUUUUAUAGUAAUACUUGUGAUUCAUGUUCAGAGUUUGCUCUGUUUAAUACUUAAAAAAAUGAGUGCACCUGCAUGAAUGGUUACUUUUUUUCUAAUUCUAUUCAAAAAUGUACAAAAUGUAUUAAAAAUAACUGUUAAACUUGCCUCUCUGAUGGCCUUACUUGCACAAAGUGUUAGAGUGGUUUUCUCAUGACUAAAUAUUCGACAUGCGUUUAUUGCAACAAUUAUUAAUAUUCAAGUGAUGGUAAAAACUGUGAUUUAAAAUGCCCAAAUGGUUGUUAAGUAUGUGCUAAUGGAAAAAAGUGCAUAUAAUACUCAAGAGAUAAUCCAGGAGGAAUUCCAAACUAAUUUUGUCAUAAUUCAUGUUCUUCAUGUUCAGGUUUAACUAAAUUUGAUUGCCUUAACUGUUCUUCUUCAACCCGUAUUUACAACUAAACAACCAGGAAAUGCGAAUGUAUUUCAGGUUAUUUUGAAUCUAAUUUAAAAGAUUGCUCUUAAAUUUAAUAACAGGCUCUAGAAAUGUUUAGCUUUUAAAAAAAACAGUUAGAGUAAGUAAAUUUAUCUUUCCAAGUAGUUAAAUGGGAAAAAAAUCCUUUAAAUAAAUCUAAAUUAACUUCAUCAAAUAUAAUACCAGGUUCAACUGAUAAUAAAUGA